CGACAGUUCCUGUUUACUUCCUCCAGUACGCAUAUCGACGUGUCCUCCGAUGAGACAGUCGCUCUGCAUACGACUCUGAACACACACCAUGGAGAGACGACAGCAGCGCCAAGACUGACACCCACAUUACGGUCAAGAAGGAUACACCGAGCAUCAAGAUGGAUUACAAAUAUGAUAGUGGAAUAGAACUGCUGUUGGCUCACAUGAACUUAGAGGAUAUUAUCAACGCUGCCGAGACUCUCUAUCGGCUUGAAGAAGAGGAGGAGGAGGAAGAAGCAGGCUUGUUGUUUGAAGAAGGUCUCUCGCAGGAGGAGAUGGAUGAGGAGGCGGUGGAGCUGGGGGGAUUGAGGGGUGAGGAGAAUGAGUACACUGAUGGGGUUGGUAGCGUUCAGUAUGGGACGGUCAAAGAUCUGCUGUCCUUUGUCAAUCUCCUGUCCAACAUGCAGGCAGCAGCCCUGCAGCACCUGCCUCAGGAGAUGGGAGUCCUCCUGAAUAAGAAGGACAUGGCUGUUAAGAAAGGCCGCUACCAGAUCAACAUGGAUGUGCUCCUGUUUCCUUGGAAAUUGACCUACAAGAAUCCUGGUCCUGGUCUCGUGCCUAAAGGCUCAUUUGGGAAAGUCCACUUGGCUCAGGACACCACCACCAGGAAAAGAAUGGCCUGCAAACUGAUCCCUCUGGAGAACUUUAAAGCAGCUGAUGUGGAGUUUCAGGCCCGUUUCCACCAUGAGAACAUUGCUGAGCUGUAUGGCGCUUUGCUGUGGGACCAGAGUGUCCACCUGUUCAUGGAGGCCGGUGAGAGCGGCUCAGUCCUGGAAAAGCUGGACAGCUGUGGGCCUAUGAGAGAGUUUGAGAUCAUCUGGGUGACCAAGCAUGUUCUGCGGGCCCUGGAGUACCUGCACUCCAAUGGUGUCAUCCACCAUGACAUUAAACCCAGUAACAUUGUCCUGAUGUCAGACAAGGCAGUGCUGGUGGACUUUGGCCUGACGGUGCAGAUGACAGAAGAUAUAUACAUUCCUAGAGACCUCAGAGGAACAGAGAUGUAUAUGAGUCCAGAGCUGGUUCUGUGUCGAGGACAUGACACCAAGACAGACAUCUACAGCCUGGGCACCACCAUUAUUCACAUGCAAACUGGUUUUCCACCGUGGGUCAGGAGAUACCCACGCACUGCUUACCCGUCCUACCUCUACAUUAUCCACAAGCAGGCCCCCCCUCUGGAGGACAUAGCAGACGACUGCAGCCUGGCUAUGCGGUCCUUCCUGGAGCGAGCCCUGGAGAAGAACCCGGCUCUGCGGAGCUCGGCGUCCGAUCUGCUGAAGGACGAGGCCAUUAACCCGCCCAGGGAGGAUCAGCCACGCUGCUGGAGCCUUGACUCAGCUCUAGAGGAGGCCACCCACACCAUGCUACGGCAGCAGAGCCAACACCACGACACCACACAGGAAUCCUCUCUGUACUCUGAAGACUCAGGCCCCAUGAGGAGGAAGGGCUCCUUGUACAUUGACCUAGGGGCCUUGUCAGGUUACUGUAAACUGGUGACAGGGCCCCCCACCUCAGAAUAUGGCUAACUGUUGUUGAAGUCAACUGCUCAUUCACUUUUAGCCUUCUCUGAGCUGAAAUAACUGGACACAGUUCAUUGAUACAGUGAAAGAGUUUGAGGGAUUUGGACUGAAUAGACCCAGCUCUGCCUGAUAUGGACAGCACUGCAGGACAGUGUUGGAUGGGACGCGUUGUGACUAAAUGAGCAUUAUCUGUUAAAUACGUAAUUUCGCACACUUUCAUGUGGGAUGUUUGGACUUACUUUGUUAAUGUGGUAGUUAUCACAGUCAAAAAUGGAUGCUAUUGUCUUAUCUCAUGAAAGUGUCAGGUGUUAUUUUAUCAUUUAAAAUGUUGAAGUAUGUGUGCACUACGCAAACAUGUAUGUAAUAUGUAGUUUGUAAUGGACUCCUUUUUGUAAUUCCUAUGGAAUAUUAAUAGCAAGGUUGUGCUCAGCAAAGAAAGCUUCUGUGGAAUGUGUGUGAUGCCUGUUGUGUGUUCUGUACAUCCAGUGAGAUGAAGCCUGCUUUUUACUGAAAACCUCUCUUUUCCUGAGUAUUUAGCACAGAAAUUAUUGAGUAUGAAAUGUGUGUGUAAUUCAAUAAAUGCAGUAAUAUCAAAAGCC